AUGUCUUCAGAAACUCCUCCUCCACCACCAAAGGUCGAAUAUCCCACCAGCGUCGACAAACCUGAGCUUACAACAGGUGACAACCACACAGUUGGUGUUGACUACAACAAUGGCGCCAGCUACGUCGACACAACUACAAACCAGCCAAUUCACGACUCUGACGUUCAUACAAGAUUCUCUGGGUAUGGUGAUAGUGACGAUGGGGAUAGUGGUGGGAUCGUGGAGGAGAUUGUUGAUGCUGUGACGGAUAGCUGUGUGUCUGCUGUUCUCAUCUUUUCAUCUAUCUGCACCGGUUGA